GACAAGAAGCGAGCGCGAGAGAACAAAGAGGUGCCGCGGGCCAGCCUGCUUAGCUUCCAGGACGAGGAGGAGGAAACUGAAGAAGUUUUUAAAGUGAAGAAAUCAAGUUACAGCAAAAAGAUUGUAAAACAAUUGAAGAAAGAAUACAAAGAAGAUCUUGAAAAAUCAAAAGUUAGAACAGAGGUCAAUUCUCCAACAGAUGUUGAACCACCACUAGAAAAGACAGGGCAGAUUAAGGAUCUAGGUCAAGAAGAUGGGACUGCAAACAGUGAGCAUGGUGAAGAAGAAAUGGAAGUUGAAAGUGAGAAGGAAGAAGAAAAACCAAAAGCUGGUGGGGCUUUUUCAAGUGCACUAUCAUCACUGAAUGUUCUCCGCCCAGGAGAAAUUCCAGAUGCUGCUUUUAUUCAUGCCGCUAGGAAAAAGCGUCAAAUGGCUCGUGAACUUGGAGACUUUACCCCUGUUGACAGUGAACCAGGUAAAGGCCGCCUUGUUCGAGAAGAUGAAAAUGAUGCCAGUGAUGAUGAAGAUGAUGACGAGAAGAGGAGGAUAGUUUUUACAGUGAAGGAAAAAUCCCAAAGGCAAAAGAUUGCUGAGGAAAUAGGUAUUGAGGGAAGUGAUGAUGAAGCACUGGUGUCAGGAGAGCAAGAUGAAGAGCUCAGUAGAUGGGAGCAAGAACAGAUACGGAAAGGAAUCAAUAUACCUCAGGUUCAACCAAGUCAGCCCGCUGAAGUGAAUAAUCUGUACUACCAGAACACUUACCAGACGCUGUCUUACGGCUCAUCAUAUGGCAUUCCGUACACUUACGCGGCGUAUGGGUCAUCGGAAACCAAGUCUCAAAAAACAGAUAAUACAGUUCCUUUCAAAACUCCCAGUAAUGAGAUGACUCCUGUUACUAUUGAUUUGGUAAAGAAACAGCUUAAAGACAGGUUGGACUCUAUGAAAGAAUUGCACAAAGCUAAUCGGCAGCAAUAUGAGAAACAUCAGCAAAGCCGAGAGGACUCUACCAAGGCAAUUGAAAGAUUAGAAGGGUCUUCUGGGGGUAUUGGUGAACAGUAUAAGUUUUUGCAAGAAAUGCGAGGGUAUGUCCAAGACUUGCUUGAGUGUUUCAGUGAAAAGGUGCCCCUGAUUAAUGAGCUUGAGUCUGCAAUGCACCAGCUGUACAAACAGCGAGCUUCCCGCCUUGUCCAAAGACGACAAGAUGAUAUUAAAGAUGAAUCUUCGGAGUUUUCAAGCCAUUCAAAUAAAGCACUGAUGGCACCAAAUCUUGAAUCUUUUGGCCGAGACAGAGCGAUCUAUCAAGAGCAAGUAAAGCGUCGGACUGCAGAAAGAGAGGCUAGAAGAGCUCGCCGUAGACAAGCAAGAGAGCAAACUGGGAAGAUGGCAGAUCAUCUGGAAGGCCUUUCCAGCGACGAUGAGGAGACUUCAACGGAUAUUACCAACUUCAACAUGGAGCGAGAUCGUAUAUUGAAAGAAUCCAGCAAAGUUUUCGAAGAUGUUUUGGAAAGCUUUUACUCAAUUGAUUGUAUUAAGUCACAGUUUGAAGCUUGGCGCUCAAAGUACUUUGCUUCUUAUAAGGAUGCUUAUAUUGGCCUCUGUUUACCCAAGCUGUUUAACCCUUUAAUCAGACUUCAGCUGCUUAUCUGGACUCCUUUAGAGGGCAAGUGUCGAGAUUUUGAGACUAUGUUGUGGUUUGAAUCAUUACUGUUUUAUGGCUGUGAAGAACAGGAGCAAGUGAAAGAUGAUGCUGAUAUUUCACUAUUGCCUACCAUUGUAGAGAGAGUUGUUCUUCCUAAAUUAACAGUGAUUUCUGAAAAUAUAUGGGAUCCUUUUUCUACAACACAAACAUCUCGAAUGGUAGCACUUGUGCAGAAACUAGUGGAUGGAUAUCCCACAGUGGUGAAUGCAGAAAACAAAAAUACACAGAUGCUUUUAAAGGCAUUGUUGCUAAGAAUGAGGAGAACACUAGAUGAUGAUGUAUUCAUGCCCUUAUAUCCAAAAAACAUCUUAGAAAACAAGAACUCUGGUCCAUAUUUGUUUUUCCAACGUCAGUUUUGGUCCUCUGUUAAGUUAUUAGGAAACUUUCUCCAAUGGUAUGGAAUCCUCUCAAACAAAACUCUCCAGGAACUGUCAAUAGAUGGUCUGCUAAAUAGAUACAUUCUUAUGGCUUUUCAAAAUUCCGAGUAUGGAGAGGACAGCAUUAAGAAAGCUCAAAGUGUAAUUGCUUGCUUUCCUAAACAGUGGUUCACUAAUCUAAAAGGAGACAAGACGAUUUCUCAGCUAGAAAACUUCUGUAGAUACCUUGUCCAUCUGGCCGAUACAAUUUAUAGAAACAGCAUUGGUUGCUCUGAUGUAGAGAAAAGAAACGCCAGGGAGCACAUAAAGCAGAUCAUAAAGCUCCUAGCAAGCAUCCGAGCACUGGAUCAUGCUGUGACAGUUGCAAAUGAUCACAAUGUAAAGGAGUUAAAGAUUUUAAUAGAAGUAAAAUAGACUUUUCUGAAAACUCAUUUUGAGCUUUAAAACCAUUCCUGAUGUGUAAUUUAUGUACAUAUGUAAAGUUUCUUAAACUGUAAAGUAUUGAUCUUUGUUUUAAUACAAAGUGCAUUCUUACAUACAGCAUCCUUAAAUAUAAAUAAAAAAAAUUACUUCUUUGAAAACAAAAAUGGAAUCCCAAGAUUGUCAUCUUUCCAGAAAUCAAAUUUUCCUUAAAGUUUCUCAAAAUCUUCUUUACAAAAAUACUUUGUACCCAUGAUUAGUAGUGAUCUCAUCUUGUUAAUUGUUCCAUGGUUAACUGGAAUGUGUAUAGUAUAUUGUGUAAUACAAUGUAUGCAUAUAUUUAUACCACCAUGUUGCUUUCACACUGGAUAUAGAGAUCUUGUACUGUUGGAAUAAGCUUUUCAUUUGCAAAAAAAUACUUAUUUUGACAAAAAAAUGAUCAUAUUAUUGGUCAAAAGGGCUGGCAAAACAUUCAAAUGUAUGAAAAUCAUUUUAGCUACCGUAGAGGCACUUUCAAAUGGAACCUGACCUUUAAAAAGCAGCUGUGC